CCCGCGUUUCCCUACUGAUGCCAGGCCAAUGGACGCGACGCCUGGGAUCAUGUUCGAGCCAAGCUAGAGCUAUCUCGACCGCUCAGCGCCAGAGCAGCGUCAAGCAUACCACGCCCCUGACGGGCAGCGAACUGGGGCCUACCCAGCAGGAUGGUCACCGAACAUUCCGCACCAGGCAGGAUGGGAAGAAGGAGCUCCCACUCCCGCCACUGCUCGACCCUGUAGUGCUCGGGAAGCGGUCUCGGUAUGAGCAGAAGAAAGAGAAGCCAAAGUUCGCAGACUUCACACCCUUCCAGCGCCAGCUGUGGGAAACCCCAUUCGCCCACGCACUCGCCUCCCCCGUCCGCGAAUGCCGCGCAACCCAGGCAUUCCUCCCCUCCGCCCUCCUCACCACGCUUCACACACGCCCGCACCCCGCGACCGGCGACCCGUGGCUCCUCCCCGUGUCCCUAACCACAUCGACUCCGCCUUCGCACCUGGGCCGACCUCUGCGCUUCCUGGGCCGGCGGCUCAUCGCUUCACAGCUCGGCAAGGGCAAGAAAAAAGCAUGGGAGAAAGCACUCUGCACGCGCAUGCUGGAGAAGUUCCAGCCCGGCGAGUUUGGCAAAACAGUAUGGCGGGAGGACAUGCCGCAGUUGAUUUUGGAGCUGAUGCAGAAACGCGUUGUGGAUCGGCUGAGCUGGAACUUCUCGUUUCGGGGGCGCUUGAUUCCUGUUGCGAGUCCGAGGACGGAGGAUGUUGAGAGCGUGGAGGACGUGAGCACCGUCCUGGUCUUUGGCAGUCUGCGCUCGCGCGCGGAUGAUUACCAGGAUCGCUGCGACGCGAUCACGGCCGAGUUGGACAAGUGGGCGACGUACUUUGGCCAGAACUUUGGCAGUCAUUUCAAUCCUCAUGACUCGCCGGACGUCACGCACAAUGCGCCGCAGUGGUAUACGCAGCCGCUGGUGCCACGCAUGCAGCCGCGGCUGCAGUUCCCUGAACUUGAAUUCAAGACGACAACGUGGCGCGGGAGAAAGGUUGCAGUGUACAGUCUGACCGACUUGCUGAGCCCAGAAAAAGCUCAAGAACUGAUCUCGGGCCCGGGGAGCAAGUACGCAUCUCAAAAAUGCGUCGUGAUAAAGCGAGCGCGCCACAACGUGCCCGUCGAGAUGCUGCUCAUGCAACUACAAUCCUACAUAGCCAAACCCUCCAUCUAACAACAACAACAACAA